UCGGCAGGACCUCUAGCAAGCCAAUAUUUUCAUAUGUUCGAUGAGGACUACCAUGCGCAAAGUCGAGUGGUGCCGAACAAUUUACACCCACUCAGCUCUAAAGUUACCUACUUGGCCCAAGCAUCCUACGAGGUACUUGCCUUAUCAGGCUUGGGAUCAAAGGUUCAGUUGAAACCCAACUAGUAGAGAAACGGUCACUAUAGAAGUUAAGGUUUGUGUCUCCGUAUCUUGCAUAUGCGCGGAUUUAACCGCCAGUGCUCGGUUGCGUUAUACCGAACCCCACCCAAAUUGACAUCCCCACUGUUCGGCUAAAGCCUGCCCCCGCAUAAAAAUAUAGGCACCCUCAGUAUAAGUGCCGACCCAUUCCCACAAUCUCUGACUACACCAAAAUGGCUAUCCCAAAGACCCAAUCAGCAUUCGGCUACGAAAAAGGCACCCUUGACCUUGUCCAGUUCGACGACGAACCAGUACAGACUCCUGGCGACAACGAGUUGUUGUUGAAGGUGGAGGCUGCUGGACUCUGUAUGAGUGAUCCCCACCUUAUCCAAUCAGGCCCAUUGGUGGCCAAGGUUGGCCAAGAAGCUCCCCCAGAAAGGUUCGUCAUGGGCCACGAAAUUGCUGGCCAGGUGGCUGCUGUUGGUGACAACUUGAAGAACGACCCCAGAUACAAGGAAGGUACUCGUUUCUCCAUGCAGAUUGCCAUUGCCUGUGGUGCCUGUGAAAACUGUCGUACUGGUAUCGAUAACCAGUGUUCUCAGUCUGCCGAGGCAUAUGGCUUGAACGCUCACGGUGGAUUCCAACAGUACUUGUUGGUGAAAAACUUGAGAUCGUUGCUUCCUAUUCCUGACAACGUCAGCUACGAAACUGCAGCCGUGUCCACCGACUCUGUUUUGACCCCUUUCCAUGCCGUCCAAAAGGUCAAGAACAUGUUGAACCCCACCAGCAAGGUGUUGGUGGUGGGUAUUGGUGGUUUGGGUAUCAAUGCCUUGCAGAUUCUCAACAACUAUGGUGUCCACAUCGUGGCCGUAGACGUCAAGGAGUCCUUGAAGGACAUCGCAUUGUCCAAUGGAGCCAAGGAGUUCCACACUGACAUCUUCAAAUCUUCUCACCCACUCGAAAGUUUUGACGUGUGCUUUGACUUCGUCGGAAUGCAACCAACCAGUGAUAUCUGUCAGAAGUUCGUCAAGCACCAGGGUAAGAUCGUCAGUAUUGGAUUGGGCAGAUCCAAGUUCACCAUCUACAACUUCCACAUGGCCAGACGUGAGGUUCAGUACAUCUUCUGUUUUGGAGGUACUUCUGCUGAGCAGAUUGAGAUGAUGAAGUGGAUCUCUUUGGGCAAGCUCAAGCCACACUUCAACGUGUACGACUUCAAGGAGCUUCCAGACUACUUGGGCAAGUUGGUCAUGGGUGAAAUUGAGGGUAGAGCCGUGUUCAGACCUUCCAAGUUGUAGUCAGCAGGGCUGGUUCAUACGUCAUGAGUAUAAAAAUACAUUUGUGAAUAACUUGUUGUAGUUGUAUUGUGUGCCAUUGGAUUGAAAGGGCUUGGCUCCCUUUGGGAAAGUGGUAGUUCUGCUUGAUACUUGGCAGCUUCAAUGAAUAUCCAGAAAUAC